GUCUUUGAUGUCGGACGGGCCGGCGGCAAGCAGCCCCGAAGACACCCCGAAGACGCCCAACGUUCUCAAGCGCGAAGCCACUCAAGCCAACCGCCACAGCACCAGCCCAACAGCACAAACGGAAACGCCUCGGCUGCAGUUACGCAACCUCUCGCUGACGUCAUCAAGCCAGGAGCGCAUCCUCGAUGACGUCAGCCUCGAGGUGCCCCGCGGGCGGAUCGUCGGGCUCAUCGGGCCGAGCGGAAGCGGAAAGUCCACUCUUCUUAGGGCGAUGAAUCGGUUGUGGGAGCCUGGGAAAGGGACGGUGCUGCUGGACGGGAAUGAUAUUACUGCGCUAGACGUGGUCAAGCUGCGGCGCCGCGUUGGGGCGCUGUUCCAAACGGCGGCGCUUUUUGACGGUACGGUCGCCGAUAACGUGCGAUACGGCCCCCGGUUACGGGGCGAACGAUCAACAGAUAACCAGGUCGAAGACCUGCUUCAGAAAGCGGGUUUAGAGCCCGGUAUGGCUUCCGUUCCCGCUUCCCAGCUCUCGGGGGGCCAGGCGCAACGCGUUUCUUUGGCCAGGACGUUAGCCAACCAACCAGAGUGCUUGUUGUUGGAUGAGCCGACGUCAGCUUUAGACCCCGGGGCAACUAGACUGGUGGAGGAAACGAUUUUGCGGUUACGAGACGAGACCGGGAUGACGGUGGUAAUGGUGUCACAUGACGUGGAGCAGAUACGUCGGGUUGCGGACGAGGUGUGUCUGCUGGUGAAGGGGCGGAUCGUGGAAAGGGGCACGCCUGAGGAGUUGUUUGCGUCUCAACAAACGCUUUCCCAACAGUUUCUCAAGGGGACUCUUGAGGCAGGGCAUGCGGCCUAGUACGGUUUAACUUAACUUAUUCUAUCGGUUGCAGCAGAUUAAGCACGCUGUAGAGAGAUUAAAUGGCCUAUAAGACGCAUACCCAAUUGUCCAGGUCGGCCCGAAGUGUAUAUAAUUCACAAUUACCAC